CUGACACAAGCUCUCCUUCUGGCCUUACUGCAGUCCUGGGUUAUGCUGACAGACCUGGAAUUCAUGAGUAUUUAUGGAACCAGAGAGGGUUGUUGUCAAGAGCCUGUUCACAAUAAACACCUGGAGCUUUCCCUGCUAACUUGCAGUAUCAGAUUCCUAGAUGGCUAACGAGUCGAGGCCCUGCCCAUGUGAUAUUGGAGACAGGUUUGACUAUGGAGGCCGUGGCCAGGAAGUGCAAGUUGAGCACAUCAAGGCCUAUGUUUGCAAACCACCUGCCAGCUCAGGCAAAGCUGUGAUUGUGAUUCAUGAUAUAUUUGGAUGGCAACUCCCAAACACCAGAUACAUGGCUGAUAUGCUCGCGGCUAAUGGAUACAUAGCCAUCUGCCCAGACUUUUUUGCAGGAAGAGAAGCUUGGAAACCUUCUGAUGACUGGUCCAAGUUUGAUGAUUGGCUGAAAACUCGAGAUGCCAGGAAAAUAAACAAAGAAGCUGAUGCUGUCCUGAAAUAUCUAAAGGAACAGUGUGGUGCAAACAGAUUAGGGGUCAUUGGUUUUUGCUGGGGUGGUGUUGGUGUACGUCACCUGAUGAUGACAUACCUGGAAUUGAAGGCUGGUGUAUCUCUCUAUGGACUAAUCAAGGAUUCUGAUGAUAUAUCCAGUCUCCUGAGCCCUACAUUUUUCAUUUUUGCUGAAAAAGAUGACUACAUUCCCCUUGAUCAAGUCACCCUGCUGGAGAAGAAGCUAAAAAGAAAUUGUAAAGUCGAUUUUGAAGUUAAAAUUUAUCCUGGACAAACCCAUGGUUUUGUACAUCGCAGAAGAGAAGAUAUCAAUCCUCAAGAUAAGCUUUAUAUUGAGGAAGGAAGAAAGGAUAUGAUCAACUGGCUGAAUAAAUACGUCUAAUAAAAGAGCGAGCAACUCAAUCUGUAGCACAAUUAUGUAACACACUGGAGAUUUUUGGUAACACAUUUUAGGAAAUUAGAGGUGAGAGUUUGCUGUAACAGAAAUUAAAGAAAAAAGCAAAAAAUAUUGUAUAUGUUUUUUGUCAGUGUUUUCUAACUGAUUCUUUUUGAAGAAGGCCCAGAUUUCACCUUGUAAUGUCAUGCUUUAAUAUGCUAUGAAAUAUUCUACAGUUCCUUGAGGUUUAUUUUAAUGCUUGAAUAAAUAAGAUUAAUGGUAAAUUAA